CCUCAUUUCGUUCACACCCUCAAGUUUAGCAUUUUUCUCUGUAACUUGUUGAUUUUGUCGAAAGUGAGUGUAGAUGGCCGAGAGCGAAGUGAAGCUUAUAGGAGCAUGGGCGAGUCCAUUUGUUUUGAGGACUCGGAUCGCCCUCAAUCUCAAGCAUGUCCAGUAUGAAUUUCUCCAAGAGACUUUGGGUGCCAAAUCCGAGCUGCUUCUCAAAUCUAACCCUGUACACAAGAAAAUCCCAGUCCUUAUUCACGGAGGAAAACCCGUUUGUGAAUCUUUGAUCAUCGUUCAGUACAUCGAUGAUGUUUGGGCUUCAUCUGGGCCCUCCAUUCUUCCUUCUGAUCCCUACGAUCGGGCCAUUGAGCGCUUUUGGGCCGCUUAUAUUGAUGAUAAGUUGUUCCCAUCUAUGAAAGGCAUUGCUGCAGCUCCAGACGCGGAGGGAAAGAAAGCUGCCCUGGAACAGGUCACAUCAGGGUUGACGCUGCUGGAAGAAGCUUUUGGAGUAUGUAGCAAAGGAAAAGGUUUCUUCAGUGGAGGAGACCAUAUUGGAUUCCUUGACAUUGCGUUGGGGAGCCUCUUGGGCUGGAUUAAGGUCACAGAGCUGACAAGUGGGCUGAAACUGAUUGACCCAGCAACCACGCCCAAGUUGGCCCAUUGGGCUGAGACGUUCCGUCAAGACCCUGCUGUUAGUGGUGUUAUGCCUGAAACUCAGAAGCUUGCUGAGUAUGCUAAGGUUCUUUUUGCUAAACUCAAAGGAGCUCAACCCCAAAAGUGAUGACCUUUUCAUUGCUUCUCUUCGAUGAAAUAAAUAUAUAACUAAUCCAUGGAGCUUCCCAAUAAAACUCUAGUUAUGUCAUUAUGAUUAAGAAAUAAAUUUGUGUUUACUAUGUUUUUUUAUUAUUAUUAUUAACUUUGAAAUAUUGCACUAAAAAUUCAUAAUUGUGCUUUUAAAAAUUCAGUUUUAUCGUAGAAACUACAAUUUAUUACUUAUUA